GAGUAUGUUAUUAUGGGAUAUAACAAGCGCCAUCUUGAGCAUACUGGACCACGAAUCUGCGGAGCAAUAUUUUGUACUGCUGUGGUGUGUUGCGGUCGUGUGUUUACGUUUUGUAAUAACUCGAUCAAUGAUGGAAAUCUUUAUGACUGGAUGAUAUAUUUAUGACGUCGAAAACUGUUUAAAAUCGAAUAUUUCGUCUUGAAAAGGUAACAGUUCGGAAAGAGUGAUCCACCUGUAAACAACUUUCAACCUAUCGCGUGCACCUGUUUUGAUUCAGUACGUUUUCUGGUAUCUACCUGUGGAAGAGUGUAUUUGCUUCCUGAAUCACCUUUAUUGGACAUAUAACUGCUUGGAAACUAUAAUUCAUUUAGAAGUGGACAUUGUAAAGAGAACGUGAGAAACAAUUAGGCUUGUGUGUGAAAGCGAGCUAAAACAGGCACCAUUGUAUGUACUGAUAAUUUUCCGUAAUUUGGGUCAUGGCGUUACCAGCCAGGAUGUAACAUCAGGGCAUCAAACAUUCUAGUAAAUGUAGCUGUUCAUCUAAUUCAUUUAUUUUUGCGCCUGAAGUAUGUACUUACAAUGACAAUGCUUUAGUAAGGCUUAGGAAAACCACAUAAGUGGCGGCUGCCAGGGUAGGGAGACUGUACGACUUCAAGGUCAUGUGUUUUCUUAGGCCUCAUGUGAGACAAAGAAGUGCAUGCAGUGUAUGUAUAAAUGUCACAGUAGAACCUUUUUUUUGUAAACAUUUAGAGUUCAAGAUGAAUGCAGGUUUCCAGUGGAAAACCAGGGAAAAUGCAGACUAUAUAUCAGCCCUUUCCUGACACACUAUUCACUAAUCCCUCAUAAGAACCAUUUCCAUGUGACUUUUAUACCAUCCAGUAUUUCAUCGUGUCAUUAAAAGUUUGUAAAUAGCUAAAUAAUUAUAUUUCAUGUACAGUCAUUUUCAUACAUAGACAUUGUUGUGAAUUGUGCAACUACACCAGGCAACGCAAAAUCUCAUUGAAGUGCCUUUGAUCUCAGUUGUGAGCUGAACUUUGCUUGUGUUGGUUGAAACAUGGGAGUCUUCAACUACAAGCAUCAGUGAAUAGGAUAGUUUAUACCCAUAGACAGCAAUUGAUUUGUUUAUUGUGAAUCUUGCUGCCUUUGUAAAGAACAGAGACAAGUGAGAACCACAGCAUCUUUCUGGUUUUGAAGGGUGCCAUAAUGGAGCUUUAGGCAUGGCAGCCAGCAACGCACCUAAACACGACUUUGCUCCAGCAUGGCUCAAGAUUCCAUCCAGCAAUCCAACUAAGCCAGCUGGCUCCAAGAGUAGUACGCACCAGCAGGAACGAGGACGCCAGCGACGUGAUGAUAGUUUUUUAAAUCGCUAUGGAAAUGACUAUCCCAGGCAGUUGAAUCGUCAGAAUUCAUUUGAGUUGUAUGAUGCAAGCAAGCGGUAUUCACCCACCCAUCCCAAGUUUCGCCAUCAUUCUGUAGAAGAUGACUAUUACUACUACAACUAUGGUUACUAUGGCAACUAUACUUAUGACUAUCCCAUGCAGUAUAGCUCUCAACCAUCCUUGCUGCGUGCACCAACAGGCCGUGAAAGCAGCAAGUACCCACAAACUCCAUCAGGGCGAUACAACCAGAUGAAUGGAAGCUAUUCGAACUACUACUACUAUGACUUUUACCCACAUGGUGAUGCUUAUCCUGGCUAUGGUACGGGAACCCACACCAACAGUACCAGCAAGCGAGCACAGUAUGGCUGGGAAGGCCGCAGUGAGUCGAAGGAGAGCAAGGAUAGUGAUCCCUCAGUAGACAACGAUGACAAAGAGAAGCCUUUCAAUGAUGACUUUCCAUCUUUGAAUGGUAUGGAUGGUGAUCCAGAGCCUAAAACCUCCAGAAAUACAGCGACAGGAGGAGUUUGGGAUAAUCCACCCAGGUCCAAGUUUGAAGAGGCAACUGAGAUGAAGCAUUCUGCUUCAGGAAUCUACAAAGCUCUUGUUCCUAACAAGAGUGGGACAAUGCGCAAGGAUGGGCGAGACACAGGCCGUGUGAACGGGAGUCUGAGAGACGUGUCCCCUUUGGCUUCUCUCAAGUCUGCAGGGUCUAGCCUAGGUGCUGGCAGGGAGGGUCAACAGCAAACCUCAACUCCACCCAUGGAGAUAUUGAGCUCGCGCCUUGUGCGACAGCCGAAGCCACUUGGAGAUAAGAAGAGUGAAUUUCUCAAAGCCCUUCGAAAAGAAGCAGACAGUGAACAUGUUCAAAAUGGACAUAAUGAAGGGAAUCAUCCUGAGAACAACAACAACAUGAAGCAGCGCAAGUGUUCAGAAGGUGGAGGCGAAGUUCUUACUAAUGGCUUGUCAGAUUUGCAACUGGAGCAUGAGCAUGAACACAUGGCCAACGGGAACACUGGCAUUCUUUCCAGUUCUCUGGAAGCAGAACAGCGGCUUUUACGUGAAAUGGGCUGGGAUGAACAGGAUGAUGAAGUGUAUGAAAUUACAGAGGAUGACAAGCGCGAGUUUAAACAGCUCACAGACAAGUUGCAGCAACAGCGGAAUGGUUUGACACGUACCUUGCCCAAAGCCUGGAGUCCACAGCACAUCCCAGCUUUUAAGCAGCAACCCCAGGCUCAGGAUUUAAAUGAAACCCUGUCGUCAUCCGACACAGACUCUGAUGAGGAUGUGUGAUAGUGUGGAGUGGACUGUCUCAUGGUUAGGCAGCAACCUAACCAGACUUUUGUGUUGGCUCAGCAUUCUCUCACGCUUGCGUUUCACAGACUUUGCAGAUAUACACAGUUCUACUGCAAAUAAACGUAGAUAUGUAGCAUAAGGUGGCAGCAAUUAAACGGAUCUUCUUAUCCCUGGUCUCUUUCUAUUCCAUACUGAUUCCUUCAGAGACUUAGGGAUACAAAGAAGCACUGCCUGUGCUUUGUGACCUGUUAAGUGCCGUCUGGCAAACAACUUGCUUGUGGAUGGGACACUGUUAGUCAUCUUCAGACUUGUGGAUGUGUGUGUGUGUGAGGAUUACUUCAGAUGUGUGAAUGCAUGUAUGUGGGCACAUGUAUACGUGCCUGCCCACAUGCACACAUACACACACAUACACGUGCACUGUUUUGCUUGGAAGAUACCUGCUUUUGCUUGCCAGGUUUGGGGGCAGCAGAAUCAAAUACUGCCUCGUUCUUUUGGAUGUGAAGCACAGUCAGGACUGCCCCAGAAGAGGGUUCAGCAUCUGUGUUUUGACAGCAGACCACUGGCAUAGCAUCUUGGAAAAGUGACGUCAUGCACUGUGCCUCGUUGGUCACCAGCCAGACCCGGAUCUCAUCAGGCUUAGUAACCACUUGGGAAAGUGAACAGCACACAGCAUGUUUAAGCCUGUGUCAUUUUAAUUAGUUUGUGUUGUGGUGUGCUCAAAACCAAGCUUGGGAUUUUUUUUAAUUAUUUUUUUUUAUUAUUAUUUUGGGUAGGGUGGGGCUGUAACUUUUUCUUAGAUUUAUUUUCGUUAUGGGCAGAUUUGAACUUGGGUCCUGUUUUCCACAAUUUCAUGUAUCCUUUGGUCGUGACAGGACCUGAUCUUUUCUUGCUGUUAUCUGUUUUACAGUAACUUCUUUGCUUGGUCUCCAUUCUGCAGAUCAUACCCUUUCUCUAUAUAUCUUUGCUUCAUUUAAUUGCCAGGCUUAAUGUGCAGUCAUGUUAAUAGCCUUUGGUGGAGGCAUUUUUUCAUGGGCACAGAAUACAAACAUGGCAUCAUUGUAGGUUUCUUUUAUGAAGCUGCUUAAAAUAGUGGGAAAUUGUAAUGUUGGCUAAAGGUCAGAAUUAUUUAAUUUGUAGUAGUUGCAGCAUUAGAGAUGUCAUGAAACAGAUCAGUAAAUGUAAACUUAUACAAGAGACUGAUACAGAUAACCACUUUAGAGAUGUUUUGGUCUCCUACAACUCCCUCUUUGCAAGAAAAAGAAUAUUGCUAAAAGAUGGUGAGAAUGCCAGCUUUCCACAUUUCAGAUUUUAAAUGUCUUUUGGAGUUUGAUUUUCUGAUAUGCAUAUCGAGGUCUUGGUAGUAAACUAAAACUUGACUGUCAGCAGUAUGCCAUGAGCUAUGUCUAACGGGGUUUGUUUUGUGUGUGUGUGUGUGGUAAUUUUUCAUUACAGGUAUAUUAGAUUUCAUCUUAUGAAAAGUCAGUAGCUUAGGGUGGAGGUUAAAUUCUCCAGUACAUCUAAAUUUAUUUUGCCAUUUUCUUGUAAACUUUGAAGUACCCAUUAAUAAAUAAAGUUUAAGGUCUUUGCUUGGUUAGCUAUCAAAUAUAGUAUGAUAAAAGUAUUUUACAUGUAUUAAAGGGCGCAUGUGAUAAGUCAGCAUAGCCCGUUUCAGAAAUAAUGAACCACAUAAACUUUGUAUUCCUCACCCAUGCAUACUUGUAAAGAUUUGGUAGGAAAGACAUGUUGCAUUUUUGAAGCUUUUUAACUUUUGUGAUAAAUACCAAAAAAUGUGGGGAAGGGAAAAUAUUGUUUCCAAAAUACAGCUGCGUAUGUGAAAUGUAGUACAGGAAUCGUAACAGCUUUGUCCUUAUCUCAUAGCCCCUCCACUGUCACCAACACUUUCUUGCUCCACACCUGCUUCUGGAAAAAAUGUACUAGUCUGCUCUCUCUGGUUUAAGACAGUAUGCACAUGUCAAAGAUACAAAUGUUUUGAAAUUUUCAAGAAAAAUUAUCAGUAGUUUCUUUCAAACUAAUUGCUCUUGAUUCACAGGAGAGGGGGUGGUUGUGGUAAUGUGUGGUUGGGACCUAAUGCAUUUGAGUGUAUCGAAAGAAUGGGACUAAAAGAUAACUUUGGCAGCCAGAACUCAUACAGUGCUAGCAGGUCACUUGCCUCUAUAAAAGAACUUAUAGCUUCGAUGAUCUGUUCAUGAUCAUAAAGUUUUUAUCUGCUACUAUUUUUGAUGGACCAGAUUAGUUCUGGUUCUGGUCAGUUCCAUUAAAGUGCUAUAUUAGCUAGACCAAGAUAGUUGUAGGGCUCUGUACUCCCAUACUUUUAGAUCAGCGGUUGGGAACAUCUGGCUCAUGGGCCUGCCUGCAAAAUCAUUUGGUUUGGCCUGGCCAAAGACGCUGCAGGCAGAAUUUAAAAUUCAGUAAAUCUUGAAGCUUUUUCAUAGUAACGUAAAUUUAUAUUUAUAUUAAGUGAAUCAUCAUCAUAAUGUAAAUUUCGAGGGACAAACAAAUAACGUCCAACAAAGGAUAGCCACAUACACUUCUCACCGGGUUCCCCAGCUUGUAUUGUGGCAACUCCGAAGGACAUCAUUGCCAGUCAAGCUGGGAGUGUACAAGUUGUAGAAGUGACAAAGCUCUGGCAUGACCAAAUUUUUUCUCAUGUUUAAACUUUUAAAUAUUUUAUGACUCUUGAAUGAUGUUAUGAAUACCCAAGAAAAAGAAAAAUUCACCAACACUGCUUUAGAUGUUAUAAUACAAACUUAGAACCUUUUGUCAUUUAAAUUUUUAAAAAGUUGGAGGACAAUUUUUUUUUUUUAGUGCAUGGUAUGAACUUCUGCUGUUGUCCAAACUAAAAGAAUCUAAACCUUAUGUGGCAGUUCAGCAAGACCAGAAUGUCAAGCAAGGUUUGGUUCUUGUGCUUAGUUUGAGAAGAGUGGUGGCAGUCUUUCCUUUUCUUCUGGUGACUUGGAAAGGUGAAAGUAAUGGGAUCUCAGGCUUUCAACAAAUGGUGUUUUGUGGCAGCCUUUAAAGCAAGCAGCAUGCUACUGCCAGCAGAGAUGCUUAUUUAGAACUUUUUUUCUCAGGAUCAGUUGAUAAGCUUUCACUGCGAUAAAACCAGCCCUUAAGAGAAGAUAGGUGCUGUAUUUGAUUGCAUAUCACUUAUUUGUUUUUGCAUGUUAGCAUAUGUGCAGAGCUAGAACUUGUUUAUGUGCACAUCGAAUCAAAGACGGUACCCCGUCAAUAAGUGUGUGGCCAUUUUUUUUCCUAGGUUUUUCAAAAGUGAUCUCUGAUGCUGCUAAGUGAAGCUGCCAAUGUGGUAUUUGUCAUUUCCUUUUCCCAUCCACCUGUGUUGAUUUCAUUUGGAUGAGAGUUCCCUUGGAGACAACAUCUUGAUGCAAACCCUGAUGGCAUAAUUGAGUCGAUUGCCUUUCUUAUGCAUGGGACCUCUAUACUAGCAUAACACUUUAAGUUUGUUCAGGUGUUGUGUCAUGUGGUGUGAGCCUAAUGCUGUGUGUGUGCAUGUGUACGCUGUUCAAAAUAUGCUCAUUUAUGGAAGAUUCGCACCAUCAAGAUUAGUCUGCUGUUUGGCCUGGUGUUCUAAGUGCACCUGUUGCAUAGGGUUCCUACCCAGCUAUGCUCUUUCUGUAAAGGUGGAAAUGUCUCCAUUGAGGUCUUGGCAUAUUCUGAACAGAGUAAAAAGACAGAGUUGCAUAAGUAUGUGCAUGCAUACUUUUUCUUCCAGGCACAAUUGUCUCGGUCUGACUUGACCUGGGAUAUUUUUUUGUUUCAAGCCAAUUGGACAUUUCUUUGAUCAAGUAUCUGCAGGAAGCAGCUCUAUUGAUCUACUGUAUAGUCACCCACAACCCCAUUUCUCCCAAGGAAAAACCCAACCAAAAAAAAAAAACAAGAAAAAAAGUGGUUAUGGAGAUAACUAAUAAUGAAAAAGGUCACUAUAUUUUGCUUAGCAUUUAUGAUUAAAGAACUUGAUGUCUGUUGAGGAUGUCAUUACAAAUAAAGACGUGCAUUUUCAAA